AUGCUCUCACGUGUUGCUGCAGUGAUGGCACCCCGCACACACAACCGUCGCCGCGUGACCGGAUCCAGCGGAAGGAGGAGGGAACGAAGAGAGAGUGAGCCGCAGAGGCCCAACAUGUCCCGGCAUCUCUUCUACUCUGCGGUGCUGCUCGUUCUUGUGAUGAUGUGCUGCGGCACUGGUGGAGCUGCGCAAGCUGCGGGGCAGCCAUCUGGUCCAAGUUAUAAAUGGAAGGACGUCAAGGAUGAAGGUGGUGGUGUUACUGUGGAGUCGUUGGGUGCUCCCGGCCUUCUAAAAGUGGGGAGUAACGUGUUUGCCGUUGCCGAAGCGCAGUGCAAGAGGAAGGAUGAAAACAGCGGCUUUAAUGGCAUUGCAUCCCAAAUUAUCACGAAACAAACUGCUGACAAAGAAAAGGAGGAAGUGCUGAAUGAAGUGAAAGAGACACAAGUUUUGGAGGAAGUCACUUCCGAAGACCGAAAGAAAGUGGAUGUGAGCCGACCAACAACAGUCGUGAAGGGAAGUGAUAUUUACAUGCUUGUUGGGAAAUACAGCCAGACAGCUGCUGGUGAGAAUAGCGGAGCAAAAGAUGGGGGAUUAUUGCUGGUGCAAGGGAACGUCAGUGACGGAAGUGGCGGCGAGAAAAGAAUCCAUUGGAAAGAUACCACCGAUGUCCCGCGGGCAUCUGUUGGCGAACUAGAUUUGUGGACAGGGUUAAUUGGCAGCGGUGGAUCGGGUGUUAAGAUGCAUGAUGAUACGCUUGUGUUCCCAGUGGAAGGCACGAAGAAGAAGGGUGAAGCACCAAAGGAUGAAAAGACCGUUUCGCUGCUCAUAUACACCUCCGGUAACGCUGCGAGUUGGACGCUAUCGAAAGAGGUUCCUGACGGUGGCUGCAGUGAUCCCUCCGUCGUGGAGUGGAAGAAGGAGGACAAAAAACUCAUGAUGAUGACUGCGUGUGAUGAUGGCCGCCGCAGGGUGUACGAGUCCGGUGACAAGGGGGAUUCGUGGACGGAGGCACUCGGGACACUCUCGCGCGUGUGGGGCAACAAACAGGGCAAAGAAGUGAAGGGCGUUAGAAGCGGGUUCAUCACAGCGACGAUUGACGGUGAAGAUAACAGAAAUGUGAUGCUCGUCACUCUGCCGGUGUAUUCCAAGGAGGCUGAUACAGGAGGCAAUGGAAAGGGAAAACUCCAUCUUUGGCUGACGGACAAUACGCACAUUGUUGAUAUUGGGCCGGUAUCCGAUGAUGACGCUGCCGCCAGCUCCCUCUUGUACAAAAGUGCUGGAGAUAAUAAUGAGAAGGAAGAGUUGAUUGCACUGUACGAGAAGAAGAAGGGCGAUGGAAAAAAACCAUCACCCGGUAUGGUCUCUGUGCUUCUGACUGCGCAGCUGCAGCGUGUGAAGGAUGUGCUGGCGACGUGGAAGAAAGUGGACGAACGUGUCUCCAAGCUUUGCCCUUCAAUUGCUGAGAGGGAUCGUCCAUCUGACAAUGCCUGCAGCCCUACUGUUAAGAUCACGGAUGGGCUGGUUGGCUUUCUGUCCGGCAACUUCUCUAAGAGCACAUGGAGGGACGAGUACCUCGGGGUGAACGCCACAGUGAAGGACAAUGAUGGGGGUAAUAAGGCAACAUUGCAUGAAGGCGGUGUGAAGUUCACGGGAGCGUGGGCGGAGUGGCCCGUUGGCAGUCAGGGGGAGAAUCAGCUGUUCCACUUUGCGAACUACAACUUCACUCUUGUGGCGACGGUGUCCAUCGACGGUGUGCCGCAGGAGGGUUCUCCCAUUCCUUUGAUGGGUGUGAAGACGAAUGGUGCUGAGAAUACAGUACUCCUGGGACUGUCGUACAGCAACAACGAGAAGAAGUGGAUGCUACUGUGCGGUAGCGGAAACCGUAAGGAGCUUAGCAGCGCUUUGGAGCCAGGGAAAACACGCCAAUUGGCCAUUGUGCUACAGAACGGCACCCAGGGCUCCGCGUACGUCGAUGGUAAAAGUGUGGGUGAUGCGCCAUGUGAAUUGAAAGUGACGGAACCGAACGAAAUCUCCCACUUCUACAUUGGAGGGAAUGGUGGCGGCGCAGGGAGCCAAGAAGGCGUGUCUGUGACUGUGACGAACGUCCUGCUGUACAACCGCCCGUUGGAUGGGAAUGAAGUGGAAGCCCUCAAACCCAAUGAAGCUUCUAGUUUACCUUCGGUAAACAAAAAUGGUCAAGGAAACGUGAUUCCAUCUUUUUCUGGUGAACAGCAGAAGCAAAAAGGACAGCCGUUGUGGAAAAACGGUGCGGGCGGCGUACCCGCAUCCACAUCAGCGGUGUCCACUGUAAAGACUUCCCCAGCAGGCAAGGAGUCCGUAAAGCAUUUGGCAUCAGGAACAUAUCCUGAUGGGCAUCAAAAUGUGGAUGGCGGUUCUACUGCUGAUAGCUACCAAACGGUGGACACAAGAUAUGGAGAUAAAACGCAGGAGGAUGGAGCACUCAAAACUCCUAUGGACAAUGCCAACGCAGAAGAUGCAAACGCUCCUACAAAUAUGGGCGUGGGGCAAGAUGGAACCACAGUGACACCUGAGGUGGGCGCGAGCUCCGCUGAGGAUGAGGAGACGGUGGGAAGAAAGAAUGUGCAGGGAGAGGAGGGAAUCCAUCCACAGGCCGGGAACUUGAUUGGUACAGCGCUCAACAGCAGUCUCGGAAAUUUGUCGCAGGGGAAUAACAGCGAUGCCGGCACUGUGUGUGGGAGCGGACUGCCAUCGCUGCUUCUUCUGUUGGGACUGUGGGUGUUUGCGGCUCUGUGA